AUGAAUGAACUCUUAGUUGCGUUUCUUGAAACCUGGACAAUUCCCUGUCCUUUAUUUGAUGCCGACCAAGUGUUCACGUUGGCUUUUGACACUUGGAAAAAUCCGUAUAGCAAUGCCAACGACCAGGCGCUUCUCUACUUGAUAUUAUCUCUUGGAGCAGCGACUUCCUACUUUGAUAUGGACGAAAGUAGUCCUAAUGCCUUUCCUGUUGCCAGGGGCUUUUUCAGCUUGGCUCGCAAUACCGUACCAACUAUAUGUUCCCAAGUGUCUUUUGAAGCCGUUAGAGUGGUGUUUUUCAUGAGUUUGUGUGCUUGUUCUUUGGGUGACACUGCCCUUUCUUACCUCUAUGGUGGUAUUGCGGUGAGAAUCCUGGUGGCUAUUGGACUCCAUAAAAAUAGCAUAGUGAAGAAAAUGCCCCAUUCUUUCGAUUCAAGGCACCACAGAAGAGUAUGGGUGUGUGUUUGGCAAUUUGAGAAAUACUGGAGCUUUUGUGUGGGUCGACCCAGCGGCUUAAGUGAGUAUGUUGCAACUCCUCAGGUGAAGGAAGAAGACUUCGAGUACGCAGGAUAUGGAGAAUCCAAAUCGUUCAGAAAGACUUCUGAACAUAUGAAACUCCGGGUGAGUUUUGCGUCUUCGCUAUCAAAAAUUCAUGCCGAAUUGUACAACUCGAAGAACGAACUUUUGGCUAUUUUGAGCAAGGUGGAGCGUUUUUCAAUUGAGAUCGACCAAGCAUAUUUUAACAGCCGAGACAGACAAUUGGUCCAAGCUAACGUCGAUGAUAGUGUGGACCAACUUGAAAGGUCAACGGUUAUCGAAUGGUUCUGGAUCAGAAUCUACUACCUUUAUUUGAAACUCAUUAUCUUUCGUCCAUUCUUGAUCUUCAGUGCUUAUCUUGGAAACGCCGCUACUAAUGUUCCAGACUCAAUCAAGAACAAAAUCAAAUCGGGAUCCGAUACCUGCGUUGAUGUUGCAAUUGAAUUAUCCAACUUUAUAAUUGAGUUGAACAGUAAGGUGCGUAUGGCGCAACCUAUAAUCUUUAUCAGCACUUAUCUUGAAAGUGCUUCGACUGUUCUCCUAUUCUAUAUUGUCAGCAACAUCACUGAUAUCUCCGAUGCAUUGGCGAGAAAAAUUUGGAAUGUUUUGCAUGCUACUCGAAACUUUCUUAAUGGUUCAUAUGGAAGCUACCUCGAUACCACGAAAAUUUUGGCUCGAGAUGGUUUGGAGUCAUUGCACAAUUUACUAAAAAAGAGAAAGAACGAUAAAAACACCACAUUUCUUGACAAGAUCAUGAAGCCAGUCGUGAUAGGCUCUCCAAUGACUCAAAUCAAUUCAAUAGACUUACAAGACGACGCUGGUUUAGAAGCGGUGUGGGCGCAAACUUUGAACUGGAUUAGUUAUGCACCGCAAAUGUGA